AUGAAUUCUUCAGAAAACUUUCAGGAAAGUAUUUAUGACAAACAUAUUUACAAAUCAAUCAUUAAUACAUCUCGCGAGUUUAAAAAUUUGACAAUAAUUCUCCCUAUUCUGCCAAACUUUGAACUAAUCUUAAAUAUAGUGGCGAAAUUUGGAGAGAGAAUUAAAAAAUUUACAUUACGGGACAGAAAAGAUUAUAAAACAGAAGUUUUAGAGUCAAAUUUAGCUAAAAUGUUGAAUUGCAUUUUCAACGUUGAAGAUUUGACAUUAGAAAAUGUUUAUAUGAAUUGGAAUGAUGAGCUUGAUUUACACAAUCUUAAGAAGUUAAAGAUAAAGUUAGAAUUUGACGGUGAUAUUUAUGACGACGAUUUUAAUCGUGAUAAUAUUGAGAACAUUAUAUUCGAGCAGAGUAUGAGGAAAUUCUUACAGAUUAAGACGUUAUCAAUUGUGGCAGAGCUAGGUAAUUAUAAUUCCUCCAGAGAUUUGAGACUCUGCAGUGGCCUAUUUGAGAUCAUCAAUACAAUUUUAAAGUAUUUUACUAAACUUGAAACGUUUCAAUUCGUCCACAAGUAUUCGUUGCGGCAAGAAUUUCUUUUCGUAGAUGAAGAUUUGAAACAUGAAAAUCUUAAAAAAUUCGCAGUUUCCAGCAUAAAUAGCAGAAACAAGAAAUCAAUCCUUAAUGCUAUCAGAGCUUGUCCUUAUCUGGAAAUAAUUGAAAUAUCAAAGAUUCCUGAGAUUGCUCAUGAAGAUUUGCAACAAAUUUUGGAUGAUCAUCCCAAAUUGAUAUGUUUAACACUUGAAAUGGACAACUUCAACUUUCAAAUUGAGACUUAUCUGGACUCAGCCAAUUUUUAUCGUUUACAAUUAUGA